AUAUGUUAUUGAUAAAACUGCUGCAUUUGCAUAAGGAAUGCGUCUUUGUAUAUUGUGAACUGUGGCGCUAUUAUAAGCCGUCCAUUGACAGACCUGACGUUAACGUCAACACGUUGGGAACUUUGAACGCGACACGGCAACAAUAAACUGUAAGUGCUACUAGGUUGAAAGGACUGGCUGGCGGAAGCAUUUCAGAGGUCACUCUUAUUGACUUUUUGUCGUCAUAAAAGAAAAAAAUACUUAACAGCAGAGGGAAUAAUAUUUUGCUUUGUUGCGAGCAACUAAAUUCGUUCACCCAAGGCCAGGGUGUAUACCGAGAGCGUGAGAACGACAAGUUUUGAGCGGAUACUGGAGGCUGGUUCGUGGGGAGAGAAGCAUCGCGGACACCCACUGCCGUGAUGGUUGAUACCGAUCAAGCUCAUGGGCCCGGGAUGAUGGGAAUGAAAGGGGAGUCCCAGCAUGUUCCGCUGCAGGGCUUGCCCCCAGACGCACAGGGCCUGGAGCUCUUCGACAGUAGAGAGGACGCCCUCAAGAUCUUCCGCAAGUUCAAAGAGAUUUCCAACCGGCAGGAUUCGGCGGACAAAUUCAAGAAAAAUUUCGAACCCAGCAAGCCGGGAGCCUUGGUGUCGUUCGAGGCUACAUUGCGAUCCGUCGACAGAACCACCAUCGAGGAAAUGGGUCUGGCUUCAUCCAUCACCGAGUGGGACAAAUUCCCCGGCGUACUGAAGACGAUGUUUUACAAGUGGAGGUUUGAUCCCACGGUGAUGGCGGAAGUCAUGCAGUUUGUGGUCUUCAUCAAGCGCAUGGACUUUACUCUUAAAGUCGGAGAUCCGAUAGGAGAUGUGGGCUUGGUUUCCAUGGCAAAGGAGGACGUAUCCUUCUCCAGUCUGCACGUGCAUAAAGAGCGCCCUCUUGUGGUCAUCGCCUCCUCGCUUUCCUGACCCCCGUUUGCGGCCUGUGUCUUGGGAGGUACUCUGCACGAGUUAUUCAGAGACUUCAAGGACCGGGUCGACUUCCUCUGCGUGUACCUGGCUGAGGCACACCCGAAGGGGAGGUGGGGGUUUGGGUUGGAUUACCAGAAGAUGGACCAGCACAAGACCAUACAAGAAAGAGUGGAGGUUGCACGCUCACUGAUGGAGCUAGACGCCCAAAACCACCACACUUUCACCGACGAUCUCUCCAGUCAGACCAAACUCAGACUGGUGCUCGACAACAUGGACAACGGCUUCGCGCUGGCUUACGACGCGCACCCAGACCGUAUCCUAGUCGUAGAGGGCGGCAGAGUUACGUUCAUUGGCGGCAACAUUGAGGUCCAGAUGAAUCAGCCCCACACACUGAUGACGGACGAAGUGAGGGAAUGGUUGCAAGAAAGACUUGGUUAAGUUUAGGGGCAUCAACGUUCUCAGGAAAAAAACGACAACAAGGUGACAGAAGAUGAUUUGGUAUUUAAGGUUCUAAUCUUACGUUAUCGGUAAUGGGUAUUCGGCUAUACGGGUGUUGAACUUGGGCAGGGUAAGGUUGGCACCGUGUGGGUGAAAGCUACUCACGCUAUAAAGCUGCACCAACACUGAAUGUUGGACGCAAAGCGAAUUCACAGGAGAUGAUUGUUCAUUUCUUUUGGGUGGGUUCAAUUUUUUUUUCUGUGCAAAUGUUUUUGAUUCAGUAAUAGUAAUGCGAUCAAGCUAAAUGAGUCGUUUGUCGGCGCGGCGCCUUAUCGAUUUUUAUAAUUUUGAACAGAGCUAUAUAUCUUUCAGCUUAUAUUUUGCUGAAAACCCCACGUGAAUACGAUCUUAAAUGAAGUUAUGAGACUCGGAAAUCCAACAGACUAAUCAACUAUUCAAAUUGAAGUUUUUAUCAAGCAACAAUAAACAUGCUUUAUUUCAGGUUAUUGGAUAUUAACUCCUUGGCCAAAAUGUCACAUUAUAACUACUUUAUCGUGAGUUUUUCUCGGAAACAAAAUAGUUGACAUGAAAGAGGACAUUAUUAUGUAGCCUUCUGAUUUAAGUGAAAAAAGUCCAUUUUGAAAUGUCCACCCCUACUAACCUAUUUUGGGUUGUAUCUUAAUAUCAUAAUUGCCGACAAACUAUUCGUUUAGCUUGAUCGCCAAUUCAACUGGGGACUUUUCCCAAUUUUACGGUCGAGUCAAGGACUAAUUUGAAACCGGCAGACACCAGCAUAUAUUAACUAUUAAAAGUUAUUGGUUUUUCCGUUACCAAUGAAUUUCAUCAUAUGAUGAUUCUUACUGCGUUAAAGUCAACAGGUACGGUGAAGUGAAUAAGUUGUCAGGAAGUUGUAAAUCUUUGGAACCGACCUAUGAUAACCUUUAGGUAAACGCUUACCUUGUGUGGGGCGCCCUCUUGGUUUGAUGUCUGCUAGGUUCCAAGCUUUGACAGCCUCCUAUACCUUAUUUGUCUCUGCCCGUUCCUGUAAUUCCUAAAGUUUGGGUAGUUAAAAAAAUGAUAUUAAA